CCCCACAGUGAUGCCGGCGGAGAUGCUUACUACAUUGGGGAUGCGUACGAGCCAGCCAAAUGCGCUCACGAGUGGGAGAUCAAAGACAACCUUCGUAGGCCAUAUCUCGAAUACAUCAAGCGCAUCUCGAAGCACUUCCCACAUCUGGAGUACUUGGCUCACUGGAUGGAGGUCACUUGUGCUCCGCCCAAGUGGAAGUUCAUCCAGAAGUGCGAAUCCAACCGAGAGUCGCGCGCCCGGAGGUGCCACGUCUGUGUGCUGAACUACGAUGGCGACGGCUCACUCAGUUCCAAAACUCAUGAGAGUACGGUUGGGCUCGGAGCUGCACUCAUGAACGAUCCAAGCGAUGGUGGAAAGGCACCCGUAAGACUUAUCAUCGUAGAGGACCUUUCCCGCGACGUUGUGGAGCUGCUAGGCGCAAGAUACGACAUUGACCCUCUCUUUUUCCUUUCGCAUAUUGGAGAUUAUUUGUUCCAUAACACCCGCGACCGCUGGGUCGAACUGCCAGACCUGAAUGUUGUCGCGCGGCAAAGACCUUAUUUCAAUGUGUCCUACCUGCGAGCCCGCUAUUUCAAGAGCCAGCUGGAAUUUGCAGAGGCAGAACGGCAGACGGGCAUGUGGAAUGUCCUACGCCGCCUCGAUAGUGACCGGAGCAGUAAGAGGCUUUCGAACGGCCUGCUAGACGAGAAAGACGCCUGUGUCACGCUCACACGCGCGAAGACCUCUGUAUGGGUUAAACCUCGCUCUUCCACUGAGCCGGUUAUCGCGAUAGUGCUCGUGGAUCCGACUGUUGAGGUUGGUUAUCCGCAGUGGGGAGGCUAUCGACCAUUCGCCCCUACGCCGUCAAUGCACGAUGAGACUGCCGCGGAAGGACCGCCGCGCACCUCGUUGUUCCACGACACCGUGUACUGGAGCAGCAAGAUGACCAAAGAUGAGCUGGACAUUAUGCGAGCUGACACUAAGUUCACUGUUGCCAUACCAAUUCUUCGUCUGGUGCUCGCUGACUGGAUGACGGUAUUAAAGUAUAUGGCCACCAUGCUUAACAAGCUCGAAUGGGAGUUUGAGAGGCCACAUUUCUGGGAAAGUCCAGGUGAUAUUGAUGGCUUGCUGAAAAAGCUUUCCCCUUGGCGACGAAAUGUUCCUCUCUACAACGGAAUGAUAUCGGAUGCGAUCGACCGCAUUUUUGGGCACAAUGCGCGCCCGGAAGACCGGAACGCGAACGCAAGCGUACCCAGUCCUGAUCUAGGCAUACUAUCCCUGCUGCAGGACUUUCGCAGCAUUCAGCAACAAAUGGCGGAAAGCCAAAAGCGCAUCGACACGUACCAAAACAUCGUGACUGCCUCUGUCAACAUCGAAGAAAGCAGGCGAGCAGUCCAGCAGAAUCAACAGAUCGGCAGACUGACUUGGAUCGCAAGUCUGUUCAUUCCUCUGAAUGCCACAUCAAGCUUUCUCAGCAUCUCUCCUGACUUCUCAGCCGCUAUACAAACCAUUCGGUUAUUCUUUGCAAUCGGCAUUCCUUUGACGAUCAUCGCCAUG